ACUAUUUUUGGCUCUCAUACUGCAUUGUAUACCGAUCUUCAAUAUGUUUUUCCCUCUCGUGGAGACCUUCCGGCCAUAACUUUGCAGUUUUUUUAAUAGCGAUCACGAUACACCUACUUCGAGCCACCACUUACUUUUCUGACCGCUCUAACUAAACUCUCUUCAUGCAACCACUGUACUAUCUUCCAAGUAAUGACAGAAAAUGAGCAGACAAAACGCAAGAAACCGCCAGCAUGCGAUUACUGCAAAGCGCGGCGAGUUAUUUGUCAUGCACAAUCAGAAGGGCCUUGUCCUCGCUGUGUAGAGAAAAGCGUACCAUGCACAACUACUGCACCGGCAGCGCGUCGAAGACGGAGAACAAAGGCUGAAAUGCAGGAAGAACGUAUGAAGAAAGCCAAUAAGAAAGCUGAUUUAACGUUGCGCACCUCUGGAUUAGAAACAUCUUCAACUCAAUCGAAUGAAGGACCAGCAAGACAUCUUGGGGCACCACAUCCUAUUCCGCCCAGUGUUAACCUCUCAGCAGAGUUAGUCGCAGAGCUGAUUCAAAUCUUCCGUAUAUUGCCCCAAUCCCUCCAUCCUAUAAUUCCUCUCGACGAACUAGAAUCUUCUCUUCGACUAGCAUCAUGGAGUUUGGCAUCUCUUCCUCCGCAACUCAGAGUACUUGUGCAAAUCAUCAUAACCCUUGCUUCGUUUUUCUCUACAAACGCGGCUAUUAUAGGUCCAGGUGGUUGCGGACCCGAAGUCACAAGUAUCGCCUUAUCAAAAGCUCCCCUGAAAGAACUCGUAGUCCCCGAUUUGCGUGAAUAUGGCGUGCGUAGAAAGCCUGUAUGUUAUCAACUAUGGGCGGAAGCGCUAUCGUUAGCACACCAGCAGGGCAUCACUGCCCACGUUUCCAGAGAAACUGCUGCGUGUUGUUGGCUGCUGGACUUUUUGGAAUGUCGAUUUUCGGGCGAGGGAGUGUCUACAUAUGCAUCUGCGUACAACAGCCACCUCCGCCGUCUCGCUGAGACCAAUGACAGUGCUAUUCCUGGUGGUGCUGCUGAUAGUCCUGAAACUUCUGUUUUGUAUAGGGCGUAUAUGAUGCAUGACGCUGUUUACGCGAUUACUGGUAGAAGGUCAAUUCCCUUCUCACUCCAGGACGAGCUUUUGAUAAGUGGUCCGUGUACAACAACUUUGGAGCAGUUGCUGCAGGAGUUCUCGUCGAAUGUCAGCAAUAAGCAACUUUUUCUCUCAAUGAAUGCCUUUGCUUCUCACACUAUUCGUUUGGCUCGAGAAAGCUCGGAGAGGUUGACAGGAGUAUAUGCUCGACGCCAACCCCUCGAUGAGGUCUUUCUUGCAAGCCACUGUGCCUCCCUUGACCUCAUGCACUCAAUACUACUUGCUGAAAGAGACAGAGCUUUAUGGGUGGUCGAUGAUCCCACCGAGUCACAUUUCAUACGCUCAUGUGCAUAUGCACUGCACAUCAGCUGGGGUUGUUUAGUUCUCAACCUCUAUGAACUUCUCCUGCACCGUGUCAACAAUAGCCUUCGCGACUUCAAUUUCAGCUUCACGGUUCAUUCAGCAGUUCCUAGCGCUACAGACUACGAUGCUAGGGAAUGGCUCAGGCUUCACUUUUCGCGCGUGAGGCAAAUGGCUUUGAGAGUUGCAGUAGGAAUCUCUGAGGCGUUGAAAGACGUGCCUUGUAUCUCCCGAGUAACCCAUUUGCAUUUUGAAGAACUGGAAAAAUGGGCUAAUUUGCUAUUGGGGGAAAUUGGAACAGUGGUAAUCAACCGAAGUGAUCGUUUGAGGGCGUUGCAAUGUUAUCGCGACGCGAUGAAAAUUGCCGGAUUUUCUUGGGCAAACCGCUCCGCCGGAUUGGAAAGCAUAUUGGAAGACGAAACUUAUGUCUGCAUACUUUCUCACUACGAAUUUAAGAUGGUCGACAAGCCUUCGCUCAAGAAAUACAAAAAACUUCCAGCCUGUGACUACUGCAAAGCAAAACGAGUCCUUUGUCACCCUCAACAGGGUGCAUCUUGUCCUCGUUGUAUAGAAAAAGGGGUAGUAUGUGUAACAACACCUGCUACCAGGCGAAAGCGUAGAACGAGAGCCCAGCUUGAACAAGAACGAGUUGUAACCACUCCAGGAAACUCCUCCGAAUCCGCAGAAGGAUUCGGCUCUCCAAAUAAAGCAAACCACCAGUCAUCUAAUUCUCUUGAAAGAUGGAAGUGGACAUCUACGAAGGACUCAAAUCCUAUAAUAUCUCUUAACAUGGCAACGCCAGGUUUGGAUCUUCCGCCUUCGCUAGUAAGAGAACUAUUUCAAGAUUUUCGCUUACUACCUCAGUUCUACUAUCCACUGUUACCACUCAACGAUCUCGAAACUUCACUGAACAAUUGCUCUUGGAACUUGCACGCCCUGUUGCCGCUGGAUCGCGUCCUAGCUCAGUGCAUCAUCGCUACCAGUUCUCGUAUAUCAACGAGUUCACACCUUGUCAACCUUGAAGGUUAUGAUCUGCCUAAAAUAUCAAUGCUUGCACCUUUGAGAACACGAUAUCUGGACUGUCGUGAGGUUGGCCGACGUAGAGAGAACAUCUGUGAGAAGUUGAAAGCAGAAGCGGUUCGGUCAGCACAGUAUGAAGGUGUGAUGCAUAACAUAUGUGUUUCAAAUGCUGUUUCACUGGCACUGCUGGAGUUUUUGGAAUACAGCGAGUCCUUCUCAACCCAUCUCUUGAAUGUUUUGCUUACAACAAGUUCAGAAGACUCAGAGAAAGGGGCAAAUAUCUAUUCUACUGCUUACAUACAUCACCUUCGUGAACUGAGUGAAGAUGCCAUUCAUGAAGAUACGAUUCACGACGAUGGACUUGUAGGGGCUAAUACUAUUGUCUACAGUGCCCUUCUUAUGGGUCUAGCUCUUUGCGCAGCUACUACGGGAAAAUCCAUUCCUUUUACAUAUAACGAUGAACUUUUGUUGUGCGGAGAAGACAGAACUUCAUUGGAGCAGAUCCUGAAUGUACUGUCUAUUGACUCGGUUGUGGCAACGCCAAUCUAUGCUGUCUUGCGUCCUAUGUGCAUCCAUGUCAUACAUUUAGCCCGAGAAAUUUCCGAAACGCUCACAGGAGCGUUUGCUCGUCGGCAUUCCCUCAAUGAGAUCAAAUUAUGCGACCAACUCAAAAACCUAGACCUACUCCACUCCGCUGUCGCUUCUGGUGUGGGACAGAUGCACAGGCUUCGAGAUACAGUCGAUGAAGAUACGUAUCAGAAGAUGCGAUUUUGUGCAUAUCCACUUAUCCACGCGUGGGGCUCUCUCGUACUGCUUGUCUUCAACGAACUCAAGCGGCGUCGAGAACUUAUACGUCUAACAGAAGUCGAUCCCGUCACUGGGUCGAGUAGACCAUCCAGUCGUUUCGAUUUGUUAUAUCUGAGAGUCCGAAGUAUGACAUCGCAAGCAGCUCUGGAAGUCGCAGAAUCACUUGAAGAAGUUCCUACACUUACACGUCUGACUCAUAUGAAUUUUGACGACCUGAAAAAAUGGUCGUGGUUCUUGCUCGAAGAUGCGGAUGUGAAUGAUCUCAGUGCGGCCCAGCGAACAUGGGCUUUAGAACGGUUUCGAGAUGGAUUGAGCCUGGCCGGGUUUUCACCAAUAUUUGGCCUCUUGCGCGAUUCAAGAAACCCCAGACUGCAUAUCUUCUAUUAUUUGGACACUGCCAACCGCUGA